CGCCGAGCCCCGCCGAGCGCCGGGACCGCGGCGUCGAGCCGCGGCGCGCAUUGCGGAGGGUGCAGAGCGCAGGAGCCACCUGCUUGAUCCGAAGGGGCGGCACGCGACCCCUGGAGCGCCCCGGCCUACCCCUGGCCGCCUCGGGCUCGGUGAGCUGUUUCGUCCCUCCGGCCGGCAGGCUGGGCGCGCAGGGGCGCAGGUCCCCGCCCGGCGCGCAGCGGCACCAUGGGCACGGUGCUGUCCCUGUCCCCCAGCUACCGGAAGGCCACGCUGUUUGAGGAUGGCGCGGCCACGGUGGGCCACUACACGGCCGUGCAGAACAGCAAGAACGCCAAGGACAAGAACCUGAAGCGGCAUUCUAUCAUCUCCGUGCUGCCUUGGAAGAGGAUCGUGGCCGUGUCGGCCAAGAAGAAGAACUCCAAGAAGGUGCAGCCCAACAGCAGCUACCAGAACAACAUCACGCACCUCAACAAUGAGAACCUGAAGAAGUCGCUGUCGUGCGCCAACCUGUCCACGUUCGCCCAGCCCCCACCGGCGCAGCCGCCCGCACCCCCUGCCAGCCAGCUCUCGGGCUCCCAGACCGGGGUCUCCUCCUCUGUCAAGAAGGCCCCGCAUCCUGCCGUCACCUCCGCAGGGACGCCCAAACGGGUCAUCGUCCAGGCGUCUACCAGCGAGCUGCUGCGCUGCCUGGGUGAGUUUCUCUGUCGCCGGUGCUACCGCCUGAAGCACCUGUCCCCCACGGACCCUGUGCUCUGGCUGCGCAGCGUGGACCGCUCGCUGCUCCUGCAGGGCUGGCAGGACCAGGGCUUCAUCACGCCCGCCAACGUGGUCUUCCUUUACAUGCUCUGCCGGGAUGUCAUCUCCUCCGAGGUGGGCUCCGACCACGAGCUCCAGGCCGUCCUGCUGACCUGCCUGUACCUCUCCUACUCCUACAUGGGCAAUGAGAUCUCCUACCCGCUCAAGCCCUUCCUGGUGGAGAGCUGCAAGGAGGCCUUUUGGGACCGCUGCCUCUCCGUCAUCAACCUCAUGAGCUCCAAGAUGCUGCAGAUCAACGCCGACCCCCACUACUUCACACAGGUGUUCUCCGACCUGAAGAACGAGAGUGGCCAGGAGGACAAGAAGCGGCUCCUCCUAGGGCUGGACCGGUGAGCCCGCUAGCCUGCAUCACGGCUCAAGGAUUCAAUUCAUUUUUAAAAAUUUAUUAUUAAAUCAGAUUUUGUGUACAGUAUGUGUCUAGCGAAGCCACGAAGGGCCUCUCCCUUCCCACCUUCUCUCCUUGGGGUUUUCUUCAGCCCUGCCAAGAACUCUGGAUGCUUUUGAACUCCCGAACCUUGUGCAAAAUUCAGAAGAUGUAUUCAGAGCCACCCUGGCUCCUGACCUCUCACUUUUGGGAAUUCAAAGGACUGACCUGCCUCUGCCGCCUGUGCUCUUGCUGGACCAAGGCAGGGGAGGCUGCCCUCUGCGCCCCACAGCCAGGCAGCCCAGGGAGGAACUGGAGUUGCUGGUUGGAGGCCCUUUGCCGGGUCCCGUUUUGGGUCCUCCAUUCUCCCAGAGGCUCCUGGAGCCCGCCACCCUGACUGAGCCGCAUGUGGGGUUGUGAGGCAAGAUGCCCGUGGCCCUGGGACAGCCUCUUCAAUUGAGGGGAAGCCGGCCUGGUGCAAAGAUUGUGUCCUGUCGUUUGACCAUGCACGACCCGGUUUGCUCUUUUUUCUUUUUUAGGGAGAAGGGCUUUCCUUUUGUGGAGACGUGGAACUUGCCCCCCUCCCCCUGCUCCCAGCGGUGUUGGCAGUGUUGGUUAACAAGCUGGUUUGACUCAUUAAGUUGUUUCAUUUUGGGUCCCAGCUCUAAAGGGGUGGGGUGAAGCUGGGGACAACUCCUUUCCUGGGUGAAUUUUUCAUUUGAAUCAUGCAGCUUAGUCACCCUGUGGUGAAGGCCAGGACAGCUUCAGGUGCCCAUUGUCAACAGCCUGCCUUCUGUGCAGGUGGGGUUGCCGUGCCUGGGACUGAGCCGGUGCCCACCUAAGGGCUAAGGCCUCUUGCUGGUGCACGUGACAUUUGUCCUGCAGAGCUGCGGGGGGGUGUGGGGUGAUGUCAGGGAUCAGGGUGAUGUGGUGAUGAUGUACCCCCGCCCUCACCCCUGUUGGUUUAAAGCUGUUCCCAAACAGUUCAGUUUCUCCUGAAGGUGAAGCCUUGUCCUGAAAGGCCCAGUGAGACAGCUGGAUCUUGGAGACAAUUACAAGACGGGAGCAGAACUCCUGAUUGCCUGCUGAUUCUACAACUGAUCAUUUGCAGCUGCUGGUUUUGGUUUCCACCUUAGCCUGGUUGGUGGCUGUAAAAACACAUGACGUGUACUUAAUCAAUUUUCUCUCUAAUUCUCCCAGAUCGGUGGCUUGGGGCUUGGGAGAGGACCCAGAGAAGGGAGCAAGUCUUCCUCCGUCCCUUCGGCUUUGGGGAACAAAGACUGGUGUGAAGAUGCUACAGAGAAUUCUCUCUUCCAGUCCCAGUCCCCCAGGGGGUGCUGGAAGGGGAGGCUGGGGGGAGGCAGGGGGCCGUUUUACAUAGGAUUAG